AUAAAUAUAUAUUGGGCCUUUUAUAAUUCUAGUAAUUAGAUAGAUCCGCCGGAGAUUAGUUAUCGCCCUCUCACCUAAAACCCUAGCCCAACUUUCACAAGCUAGGGUUUUUGAACACUCUCUGUCUCUCUCCGACGUAAACAUGGAGGGUCUCGAAAUCCAAGAAUUACCGUCGCACUCUGGUGAUGAACACGAGGACUUCUGCCAUUCAAUCCUCUCCCGGUUCAGCAACUCCACGCAAGAGCACCACCUUCACCUCUGUGCAGUGAUCGGCGCAAUGUCUCAAGAGCUGAAGGACAAAACCCUCCCUCUCACUCCCCUUGUUUACUUCGGCGCCACCUGCUCUUCUCUCGACACCGUCUCGGUCGAAGCCGAGCCGCCCGCUCACGUUCUUGACGCCCUCCUCACCAUUCUCUCCAUGCUCCUUCCCCGAAUCUCCGUCGCAAUUUUGAAGAAGAAAACUGAAUACAUAUUCGAACUGGUGGUUCGAGCCCUUCGUUCGAAAUCGAUCACUCCAGGGGCUGCUGCUUCAGGGUUGAAAUGUAUAUCCCAUCUGCUCAUCAUCAGAGAUAAGGUCAACUGGUCGGAUGUUUCUUCGCUGUAUGGAUUUCUUCUGAAUCAUGUGACGGACGAACGCCCCAAGGUGAGAAGGCAGUCACACACUUGUCUCCGGGACGUUCUACUUAAUUUUCAAAGAACAUCGGUGCUAGCACCGGCAAGUGAAGCAAUUACUAACAUCUUUGAAAGGUUUCUUCUCCUUGCUGGUGGAUCAAAUGCAAGUGCUUCGGAUGGACCCAAAGGAGCGCAGGAGGUUCUGCACGUUCUGGAUGCUCUUAAAGAUUGUCUUCCAUUGAUGUCCUUGAAGUCCUCAACUAGCACACUGAAGUACUUCAAAUCUCUAUUGGAACUGAACCAACCCCUUGUAACCAGGCGCAUAACAGACAGUUUGAAUGUACUCUGUCUUCACCCAACCUUGGAGGUUUCUCCUGAAGUGCUGCUUGAUCUGUUAUGCUCAUUAGCUCUUUCUGUAUCUGCAAAUGAAACAUCUGCAGAUGGCAUGACAGUCACUGCCCGCCUACUGGAUGUUGGAUUGAAAAAAAUUUAUUCCCUUAAUAGGCAAAUUUGUGUAAUGAAGCUACCUGUUGUAUUCAAUGCAAUUAGAGAAAUUUUGGCUUCUGAACAUGAGGAGGCUAUAUUUGCUGCCAUGGAAGCAUGCAAGAAUCUCAUAGAUGCAUGUAUUGAUGAAAGCUUGAUCAAGCAGGGAGUGGAUCAGAUUAUAGCGAGUGCAAGUGUGGACAUAAGAAGGUCUGGGCCAACUAUCAUUGAAAAAGUUUGUGCAAAUAUUGAGAGUUUACUUGAUUAUCGCUUUUCUGCGGUAUGGGACAUGUCGUGUCAAGUUGUUUCGGCAAUGUUUGAUAAAUUAGGUGUAUAUUCUUCUUACCUUUUGAGGGGAACACUUAAGAGCUUGGCAGACAUGCAGAAGUUGCCAGAUGAAGACUUCCCUUACAGGAAGCAGCUGCAUGAAUGUAUUGGGGCAGCUCUUGGUGCAAUGGGCCCUGAAACAUUUUUAAGUCUUCUACCUCUUAAGUUGGAGGCUGAAGAACCAUCCGAGGCCAAUAUUUGGCUCUUCCCCAUUUUGAAGCAAUAUAUUGUUGGUUCCCAUAUAAGCUUCUUUACAGAAUCUAUUUUGGCAAUGGUUAGUCUUGCAAGGCAGAAGUCUCGAAUGCUUGAGCAAGAAGGCAAGAUUUAUUCAUCAAGGAGUGUGGAUGGACUUAUUUACUCUUUAUGGUCCUUGUUGCCUUCGUUUUGCAAUUACCCUCUGGAUACUGCUGAAAGCUUCAAGGAUUUAGAGAUAGCAUUAUGCAGUGCUCUUCGUGAUGAACCUGAUAUUCGUGGAAUAAUAUGCUCCGGUUUGCAGAUCCUCAUUCAGCAGAAUAAGGGAAUUUUAGAGGGAAACAGUCAGUUGUCUGAUACUGAAGUGAGCAUUCCCAGACAGCGAGCUAUGGCUCAUUACACCCCGCAGAUUGCAGCUGAUAAUUUGAAUGUGCUGAGGUCAUCUGUUCGUGAGUUACUGUCUGUUUUAUCAGGAAUCUUCUUGAAAUCAUCGAAAGACACUGGUGGUUUGUUGCAGUCCACAAUUGCGGAGCUUGCUUCAAUAUCAGAUAAAGAAAUAGUCACAAGGUUCUUUAAGAGUACAAUGCAUAAGCUUUUAAAAGUGACUCAAGAGGCUGGAAAGGCAGAAAAUUCCCGAAAUUCUAAUUCAAUGCAGAUAGAUAACUCGUCAAAUGAGAGUUCACUAUCACAAGCAAGGGCACAACUAUUUGAUUUGGCAGUCUCCCUUUUGCCUGGUUUAGAUGCCAAAGAGAUAGAUCUGUUAUUUGUUGCAAUAGAGCCUGCAUUAAAGGAUGCUGAAGGUUUGAUCCAAAAGAAGGCAUACAAAGUUCUUUCUAUUAUUCUCAGGAACUCUGAUGGAUUUCUUUCACGAAAGCUUGAGGAACUACUUAAUCUGAUGAUUGAAGUGCUGCCUUUGUGUCAUUUUUCGGCUAAACGCCACAGGCUUGACUGUUUGUACUUCCUCAUUGUCCAUAUUUCCAAGGAUGAAUCUGAGCAGAGGAGGCAUGACAUCAUUUGUUCUUUCUUAACUGAAAUUAUACUUGCACUGAAAGAGGCCAAUAAGAAAACAAGAAACAGAGCUUAUGAUAUGCUUGUCCAAAUUGGCCAUGCCUGUGGGGAUGAAGACAAAGGUGGAAAAAAGGAAAACUUGUACCAAUUUUUUAACAUGGUAGCUGGAGGACUGGCUGGUGAGACCCCUCACAUGAUCAGUGCUGCAGUGAAAGGCUUAGCUCGCUUGGCUUAUGAGUUUUCGGAUCUUGUUUCUAGUGCUUAUAGUGUUCUCCCAUCUACAUUUCUCCUCCUGCAGAGAAAGAAUAGAGAAAUAAUCAAAGCUAAUUUAGGUUUGUUGAAGGUCUUGGUGGCAAAAUCACAAGCCGAAGGCUUGCAAACACACUUGAAGAGCAUGGUGGAAAGCCUGCUGAAGUGGCAAGAUAGCACCAAGAACCAUUUUAAAUCCAAGGUUAAGUUUCUUCUUGAAAUGCUUGUGAAAAAAUGUGGUCUAGAUGCUGUUAAGGCAGUGAUGCCUGAAGAACACAUGAAACUACUCACUAAUAUACGAAAGAUAAAGGAGCGGAAAGAAAGGAAAGUUACUACUAACUCUGAGGACGCUAGAUCUCACCAGUCAAAAGCAACUACGUCCAGGCUUAGCAGAUGGAAUCAUACAAAAAUAUUUUCUGAUUUUGGUGAUGAAGAAACUGAGAAUAGCGAUGCAGAGUACACGGAUGAAAAGACAGUUUUUGGUAAACGGAGCAAGGGUUCCUCACUUUUCAACACCAAAGCAUCUUCACUACGGUCCAAGAGAACACGGAAAGCACCCAAGAGCUUGCCAGAAGAUUCGUUUGACCAAUUGGAUGAUGAGCCACUUGACUUGCUUGACCGGCAAAAAACAAGAUCAGCACUUCGGUCAUCUGAUCUUCUCAAACGGAAGUCAGAUUUGGAUGAAGAGCCAGAAAUAGACUCUGAAGGGCGCCUGAUAAUUCACGAGGAGGGGAAAAAGCUAAAGAGAGAGAGGACUUCUGACCCUGAUUCAGAUGGAAGGAGUCAAACUAGCGGCAGUCGUUUGCGUGUAAACUCUUCUUCAAGGGAAGUCCAAAAGCGCAGGAAAACAUCGGACUCUGGGUGGGCUUACACGGGGAGUGAAUAUGCGAGCAAGAAGGCUGGUGGGGACUUGAAGAGGAAGGACAAGCUUGAGCCAUAUGCGUAUUGGCCACUUGAUCGCAAGAUGAUGAGCCGUAGACCGGAACAUCGGGCAGCCGCAAGGAAAGGUAUGGCCAGUGUGGUAAAACUGACAAAGAAAUUAGAAGGCAGGAGUGUCUCAAGUGCACUUUCUAUGAAUGACUCAAAGUUUAAGAAAGGUAAAAGGAAAGGCACCAAGAACAAAAGCCGGUAACAUUGUAUGCAAAUGUAUGUUUUGUCAGAGGCAGACUCACACUUGGGGUCACAAUGUAUUUGUAUUGGCAGAGUGGGAGUUCAUGUAGGGUUUCUUUAUCGUCGUUGCCCUCCUCCCAUUUUUUCCUUACAUAUAUAAAUAUGUGGGUGGGGGUUAGAGAGUAAAUUAUAAUUGUAUUGAGUUAUGGGUUGUGAUUUCUAGUAGUUUUUUUAUGGUAAAUUAAUUUUGAUAAUAUACUCGAGGUUCACUCUUCCAUUAUAACAUUAUUUAUUGUUUAUA